AUGAACUUUUUAGAUUUUAUUUAAUAACAAAUACAAGAGAAUUAAGAUAAACCAGAAGAAGUACCAUUAUAAAUCAAUGAAGAAGAGCCUAUUAAUUUAAAUGAAAAUCUAGAUAUUUCAGCUAAUGGAAGUUCAUCUGAUGAAGAAUAAUUGUAUGAAGAAUAUUUCAAAGAAAAACCAUCUAUAAAAGCCACUUAUGAUGAAAUAUAUGAGAAGUUAAAAUAAAAUUCUCCUCCUUAAACUGAACUUGAAAAUGAAUAACUUUAAAUCAUUGCAGAAUUACAAGCAAAAUUAGUAGUUUAAGAAACAGAAUUACUCAUUCUUAAGAAGCUACAUUUUGAUCUCAAAAAUAAAUAAUCACAUUAAACCAAUAAAAUAGAGUAACUAUAAAAAGAAAAGGAUGUUAUGACUUAAGUAAAUAAUCUAUUUAUAAAUUAAUAGAUGAAAAUAGGUUAUGAUAAAAAAUUUUAAAAAUUAGAUGAAAAAAGAAAAAUUAUUGAUUAGAAUCAAAGAAUAAUUAAAAAAUUAGCUAUGUCUACUUCAAAUGAUUAUUUAGAGUCAGCAAUCAAAAGAGUAAAUCAAUAAGUGAAAAUAAAUGAGUAAAUAACUUUCUUUUUAAAAUUAGCAAAGUAUAAAUUCUCUAAUAGUAACCUAUAAAGGAAAAUCCAUAAGUAAGAAAAUUAUCUAACUAAAAAUAAUAAAAUAGUUUCAGAAAUAAUAAAAAAUGA